AGAGAGAGAGAGAGAGAGGGAGACACCCGACACAGCAGCACCGCACUCACACGGCCGAACACGGCGAGUCUGGCUGGAGCGCUGCGCCCGGGGCUCUGUGCGCACAUCGGUCGGGACUGGAAGGUCAAAAAAACCCAGAGGAAACCAGCAGCGGAGCUACCUGCUGAUACAGGAGGCGAGUGUGUGGACACGAGGGAAGUCACCUGCAUGGAAGGACACAGUUAUCUUGCUCUCUGUGUGGAUUAAUGUGCAGCAGGAGUUUGACUCUCAGCUGUAUUUGGAGCUUUUCUCCCGCUGAUGUCCGGCACAAGAUGCGUCUUUCGUUGCGCGCCCUGUGAUUUGUUCUGAGUGGGAGGUCGGGUCGGAUGGACGAGCUCUGCAGCUGAAAGUGGCAACAACAACAAAAGAAAAAAGUUCAUGCAAAGUUUUCCCCUUUUUAAAAAAACCCCAAGAAGAACAGGAAGGAGGAUCCGCAGGAUAUGGAUGGUGUUCGGUCAGACAGCCGUGUGGCUGGGAUGCACUGCGCAUCUGAGCCGAGACGUUUCUCACCAUGAUCCGGGUGCAGAACCGCACCUGACGACCGAUGUACCUGAACACACAUCCACAAGGAUCUACCAUGUCAUCAGUACUGACGAGGAAGCUGACUCUGUGCCAGGCCCUGACCUUUGUCCUGCUGCUGGUCGCUCCCGUCUGCAUGUCGUCCCCACAGAGUUCCUGGGUUUCUGCGUGGGGUCCCUCCGCUGAGUCCUCAGCGGGGCGUCCGGCGCGUGUUCGGCGGCAGCUGCACUUCCGGAACGAGUGGGCGCCGUGGAGCGGCUGGUCCGUCUGCUCACGUAGCUGUGGGGGCGGAGCCUCAGUGAGGACGCGCACCUGCAUCACCAGGAACCCUGUGGGUGGACCGUGUGCAGGAGAUCCCAGACAGUACAAGAUCUGCAACACCAAGGAGUGUCCCGCCAGCUCCGAGGACUUCAGAGAGAUGCAGUGUGCUGCAUUCAAUGACCGACCGCUGGUGGCUGGACAGUCCUUCAGAUGGACCACCUUCCACGGAGGCUCGAACCCCUGUGAACUGAGCUGCCUGGCUCUGGGUCACAACUUCUACUACAACUUUGGCCGAGUGCUCGACGGCACAGCCUGCGACAAGGAGCCCGGAGCGGUGUGUGUCAACGGACGCUGCCUGAAACCCGGCUGUGACUCCAUCUUGGGUUCAAAGCAGCAGGAGGACGCCUGCAUGGUGUGUGGAGGACAAAACACCACCUGUCUGCACCACAAGAGUGUGUACCAGAGCAACGAUCUGGAGGCAGGCGGACCUUUUGGAUACAACGAAGUGGCCAUGAUACCAGCAGGAGCCACUCACAUCAGAGUCACUGAUAACAGCAGGAAUUAUCUCGCCCUCCAGAACGGUCGCUCCCAGUUUGUGAUCAAUGGUAACUGGAAGAUCAGCAUCCCAGGAGAGUACACCGUAGCUGGGACGAAGCUGGUGUACCGGCGCUCGGCAGACACCUGGGAGAGCUUUGAGGUACCUGGACCCACCCGGGAAGACCUCCAUCUGAUGGUGCUGGCGACAGACAGAAACCCAGGAAUCGAGUACGAGUACUGGUUACCACCAGACCAGUACGCCCUCUACCACAGCAGGAGGAGUCCACUGCGUCAAGCUCACCACACUGCAAACUACCUCCCCUGGGAUCGACCCGCCACGACAGCCAGAACCACCACCACCACCACCACCACCACCCGGGCCCCUCCUGUCACCACCCGACCACACUGGUUUUUGAGGCCCGUGAAGCCGCCUCGCCAGCCGCACCACAGCCGCCACCAGCGCCCUCGCCAGCCGAUCCUGCCUCGCCUGGAGCGGGAGGAGAACCACAGGAACCUCCUGCCUCAGCCCUCACCUGGAAGGCAUUGUGGGAAAUGUCAGCGAGUUAAAGGACGAAGGGAGCGUCAGAGACAAUACUGCCAGAAGGACUUUGUUUUCCGGGCUCGAGUCCUCGGGAAGCUGUACCGAGGCGAGGAGACGCGUUAUGACGUCCAGAUCAUCCACACCUACAGGAACAGCUUCCGCCUGGAGCACCGGGAGUUCCUGUGGGCCCCGAAUCUGUGCGACUGCCCCCACCUGGAGGACGGGAAACAGUAUAUAAUGAUGGUGCGUCGUCACAUUAACUACGAGCACACGCUGAACCGCAUCCUGCUGGAGGAGGACAGCUACGUGGUGCCGUACAGACCCAGAGAGGACGAACUGCUGCGACCGCUGGAGACACUGUGCAGAAACAGAGGACCCAAACGGCCGGCAGAGCUGAGGGGCUGAGACAAACUGUAAGUGUGUCCGAGAAUAAAGCCUCAUUCAGGACAUGAUCAGACUCCACGUGAGGGUCUCAUGAACUCCAGAGCAGCGUCACCGGAGAAAAAUGAUCAUCGACGGACAGUUUCGGCCUCAUCUGAAACCACAUCAAGACGCCAAAAAGACUCCAUGUUUAUUUAAAAGCCUGACCAGCUUACUGAACCAUACAGAGCACUUUAGGUGGGACGCUUGCCCACCUUUAAACACAUACCAAAGAGAAGAACACUGACUGAAAUGGCCUUUUUUUUUCUUUUUGUAAUUGCUGUUUUUCCACAGCUAUCAGUUAAUUUUUUUCUACCGUGAUAUUUUCGUUUGUGUGUAUAAACGUAAAGAAAAAUCCACCUCAGCACAGCCGCGUCAGUCUCAGCACCAUCCUGACUUCGUCUCCUGCUCGUUCCUGAGGAUACGUUGGGCCAAAUCAUUUGAUGUUACGUCUCAUCUGGAUUUGAUACGGCUGGAAAAUGUUUCAGCAACCUAAAAAUAUCAACAGUGUCCAGAGGGUAAAGAAGACUUCAGCCAGAAAUCAGAAAUAGUCUUUCUUUUACAUUCUUUUUCUGCUGUGAGCUGCUUAAAUUUAGAGCUGGGAACUGAAAAACUUAACAGCAUAUCUUUACAACAAUCUCGACCCGGUUAGUAAAGAUAAUCCACAGAGCUCGUUGUGAGUAGUUUCAGGUGGGAACUACUUCCUUUCUAACAAACUACAUCCACCCUACUGUAGGCGAUGGAGCCCAAACAGCGAGUGGCCACCCAGAAUGUGGUCCAAGGCUGAGUGGCGCCACCGGACUUACCAGAUUGGACCGUUGGGAUAAUCCCUGUCACUUAUUCCCCUCUUCCUUCCGCAAAACUCCAAGCUAGCAGCCUCAACGCUGGAAAUAUCAAGACCCCACGUGCAAAGUAAGUUUCCCCCGACAGGUAUUUUGCAGUGGUACCAUCGCUGCAUCCUGGACUCAGCACCACCCGAGACAAGUGUGAUUACUUUAAAGACAUGCAAACAAGCCAGAGCUUGUAUGUCUGGACCAGAGUGGGAAUUGGCGGAGCGAGACUCAUCGCUGUGGAGGGAGACAGAUCUCGCUACGCAAGACAAAUCCAGGUCUAAAUAUUGGAUUCAUGAUUGCAGCUCAGCCGCGGAGGACGCCAUUAAUGUUUACAUCGUUCUACGGUUUCACGAGCACAAGCCGAUGUAUUUUUUUGGUGCUCUGAGCUCCACGAGUCCGAGGCGAGCAUCUCUACAGCUGAUAUCUCCAAAUUUCAUCAACUCACACCAAAGCUAUUUAGAUAUAUAAAUCACAAUACAGGUAAGAGGAAAAAUAUGUAGUUUUAAUUUAGGGUGAACUGUCCCUUUAUCAUUUUCUGUAGCUCAUUGUGCACGUUACAACUCACAGUUGAAAAGGUGGAUUUUUCUUUUAGUUUUCACUCAAGAUAUAAUAUCAACAUAAUGCUUCACAAUGUAUUUAUGUAUAAAAGAAUAAGUUUAAACUAUAACACAUAACUCGUGUGUCACCCGUCACGUCUGUGUCGCUCCUCUGUGGUAUUAAUUGUUUUUAUAGUGUUUUUAAAUCAGGUCUGCUUUGUGAAAGAGAUUAUGAAAUAUACAGUAUUUUUUGUGUGUGUGUGGCACUGAUUAUCUACAAAUAUAAGUAAUAAGUAUAAUUUGACUAUAUUGUUUGAGAGAAACGUUGCAGUCUGUUAAAUGACGUCUGUGCCUUUUGUGUUCUGCGUAUGAAAUUAUAACAUCUCAUCUACACGUGCCAAAAAAUACUUAUUAUUUUGUCCAAAGUGUGUCCCACUCUUUAAAAAAAGUAAACGUAUUGUAGAUAUUCGCGAAAACAUUGCAACUGAAUUUUGAAUUAAAGCUGAUAACACAUUUUUUUUUUUUUCAACUGGUUUCUUUUUGGAAUGAAAGUUUCACAAACCAGACGUGAGAACAGAAGCAUUCGUAAGAAAAACAAUGUAUUUACAAAAAAAAAAAAGAAAAGCGUCACGUCUACAACAAAGGAAACAUUAAACUGCAGAUAAUAAUAACUCUAGACAUUUAUUUUCUAAACCGAGCCAGAUUGCCGCUCAUUAACUGUGAGGAAGUCAUCGCAGACACUCGGCUCAGGUCCGUCAGCAGAGGGAAGGGGAGACGUGGAAACUGGUCCCGGGUUUCUGAAGGACUUUAAAGUUUUUUUCAGAUUGCAACACAUUCCUGCAGACACGACUAACUUCAUCUGAAGGCAUGAGACAGAAAGCUUCGAUCUCUUCUGCACGUGGAUCUAGUUCUUCUUCUUUUUUUUCUUUUUUUUGAGCACUCUUGGUUUCGAUUUUUAAAAACAGAGUAACACAUGCAAAAAAAAA